GGGUUUCUCCUCUCUUCAUAAAGCUCUCAAUCCUCUCCUCCUCCCUCUUCUCAACUCAAUACCCAACUUACCUAGAAGAACUACGUUACAGGAGGAAGAAGAAGAAGAAGAUUCGUAGAAACUCUCAUCAUCUUUAUCUUAUUUAAGGCGAAAGAUAAAUAUGACUGCGGAAGUUAAGGUUGAGGAGAAGCAGGUGGAGUCAGAGGUUGUUAUUGCCUCUGCGGUGGUAGAGUUGGAGACAACAGUGAAGGAUGUUGUGGAGGAGGAAGAGACUAAGGUUGAAGAAGAUGAGAGCAAGCCUAAAGUUGUGGAGAAGAGUUCUUCUUUCAAAGAAGAGAGUGAUUUCUUCUCUGAUUUGAAGGAGUCUGAGAAGAAGGCUCUGAGCGAUCUCAAGACAAAGCUUGAGGAAGCCAUUGUCGAGAACACGUUGUUUAAGAAGAAGAAGGAGUCUCCUGUGAAGGUGGUCGAGAAGAAGAAGGAAGUAGAGGAGAAGAAGAGUGAGCCUGUUGUUUCUGAAGAAGAAGCGAAAGCUGAGACUGCUGAAGCUGUCGUUGCUGAGGAAAGCUCUAAAGAAGAAGCCAAGACCGAUGCUGUUAUGACCGAGGAAGUGAAGACUGAUGCUGUUGUGACCGAAGAGGCGAAAGCUGAGGCUGUUGUUGAAAAGGAAAGCCCCAAAGAAGAAGUAAAGACCGAGGAGGCUGAAGUUGUCGACACUAAGGAGGAAGUGAAACCUGAGGAUGCAGGAGAAGAGAAGAAAAGCGAGGCUGUUGUUACCAAAGAAGUCAAAGCUGAGACUGUAGAGCAGGAGGAAGAAGAAGAUGAGAUUGUGGAUAACGAUAUCGAGCUAUGGGGAGUGCCAUUGCUUCCAAGCAAGGGAGCCGAAGGCACUGAUGUAAUCCUCUUGAAGUUCUUGAGAGCAAGAGACUUCAAAGUCAAUGAAGCCUUUGAGAUGCUGAAGAAGACCCUCAAAUGGAGGAAGGAACAGAAGAUUGAUUCGGUCCUUGGGGAAGACUUCGGGGAGGAUCUUGCCUCUGCUGCUUAUAUGAACGGUCUGGACCGUGAAUCACGCCCGGUCUGUUACAAUGUCUACAGCGUUUUCGGUAACGAGGAGCUUUACCAGAAGACAUUUGGAUCAGAGCAAAGCAGAGAGAAUCUGUUGAGAUGGAGGUUUCAGCUGAUGGAAAAGGGAAUCCAGAAGCUUGUUCUGAAACCAGGAGGUGUUACUUCUCUUCUCCAGAUCCAUGAUCUCAAAAACUGCCCUGGACUGUUCAAGAAAGAGCUAUGGGUCGCCAUCAAGAACGCGACAGUAGCUUUGCAGGACAACUACCCGGAACUCGUUUCCAGAAACGUAUUCAUCAAUGUUCCCUUCUGGUUCUACGCCAGCAGCACUCUCUUGUCUCCAUUCUUAACUCAAAGAACCAAGAGCAAGUUUGUUGUGACUCGUCCAGCUAAUGUCACCGAGACUCUUCUCAAGUACAUUCCAGCAGAGGAGAUCCCGGUUCAGUACGGUGGUUUCCAAAGAGAUGAUGAUGCUGAGUUCUCAAACGAAGUGGUUUCUGAAGUUGUUGUUAAGCCUGGAUCAUCUGAAACCAUUGAGAUUCCAGCUACUCAGACUCAAGGAACAUUGGUUUGGGACGUUGUUGUUUUGGGAUGGGAAGUGAAUUACAAGGAAGAGUUUGUGCCAACAGAUGAAGGAGCUUACACCAUAAUUGUCCAAAAGGACAAGAAGAUUGGAUCAAACGAAGGACCGGUCAGGAACAGUUUCAAGAACAGUGAGUCUGGUAAGAUUGUUCUCACCGUUGACAAUGUCUCUAGCAAGAAGAAGAAGAGAGUUCUGUACAGGUACAGAACCAAGACAGAGUCCUCCUGUUGAACUAGAGGAUUUCAGCAAAUCAUCUAAGCAGUCUCUGGAUAUAAUAUUCUUUUGCUACAGUUGAAAAGUUUGGUGUUAUUAUUAUUAUUUUUGAGUGAUACGUAACGUGAGAAAGAGAUACUGCCAUUGUUUCAUUGAAAUUCAAUCUUUUGCUUGUGUUAUGAGAUUUUUUUUUCUC